AAUGCAGUCGUCCUAUGUUUUUGAUUGUCUUAUUAAAAAGUAAUUUUUAUUAGCGUAACUAACAUUACAAAAUUAAUUUUUUUAUGUACUUUAUAUUAGUGGUCAAUUAUUCUGAACAUUGAAAUUCAAUUAGCUAAGUCAGACAUUUUUCCACACAUGAACAAUACUGAAGUAUAUAUUUUAAGAUUAUUAACAGUGACUGAUAAGCACACCUUCACCUUAUGGAGGUUAAAAUUCUUGUAACAGUAUAAAUACACAAAAUAAAUAUAUGCAUUUGCGCUGUUAUGACUAGAAAUUGUGGUAUAUUUGCAUUCCAGUUGUCAAUCCCUGGCUAUUACUACUUUAUUCAGUUUGGUCACUUUUAAGUUACAAGGAUUUUGCUGUAUGUACAUCCAUCUUUCAACUUCUUAUCGUGUUCGGGGGGCUGUGAUGGACUGACAUCCUGCCUUGGGCGUUCCUUGCUUUGUGCCCUGUGCUUCCUGCGAUAGACUUUGGUUUCACGGUGACCCUGCACUGGAUAAACAGUUAAGGAUGUAUGAAAUUGUGGAUAUUUAAAUAUUUAGUAACACUUUACUGACGGGGCACAAAUGCGUAGUAAUAACUCAGUAACUAUUGAAGUGCAAAUCAUGAAGAAAUGCAAUUGCUAUUUAAGGUAAACGAUGUUUGUAAAUUAGGAUUUUAUCUUGUUCAUUUGACUUCCUCUGCUGGCCCCUGGAGGAUGGGCUCCCCAUUUGAGUUUGAUUCCUCCCAAGGUUUCUUCCUUCUACGGAGUUUUCCCUUGCCCCUGUCACUGCUGGCUUGCUCACUGAGGACUUUGGGUAGGGAUAAUGUAAAGCGCUUGUGAAAGUGCGCUAUACUGUACAAACAAAACUGAAUUGAAAUAAUGAUGAACAAACAUGAGAUCAGUAUUUCACUUAUGUAAUUCAUUACUUAUUCCUUCAGUAAGUCCUUCAGUGGUUCAAAAAGGAUUGCAGAAUUAACAGAUAUAGUUACAAACAUAGUAACUGUUGAUAAAACAUGCAUCAUGAUUCAUUAAUGAUGAGUUAACAUGAGUAUAGUAUGUAACUAAGACUUAGUUCCACUGCCUCCAGUCCAAACAGCAGAUUAUGAUAAAGGUAACCUUAGGGUGGGGCUGAGUCUGCUCUGCUUUUAAUUCACACACUUAUUUAGUAGUUUAGCAUUUUAAAGGGACUUGUCUAGAACAGUAUGAAGGAAAUGGAUGAUGGAGAUGUGGUCAGACUCAGUUUACCAUGCGUGUGAUUCUGUCUUUCCAUGUUCCAACAACUGCACGGCUUGAAUGGAAUGAAGAAAUGCAGCUGGAGAACCCUUAUGAGUCUCCGGAUUCCAUGUCACCUGGAACCUACGCUGCCAUGCAUAGCCCUGUGAACUGGUCACAUGGUUCCAAGAGGACUACUGGGAAAGAAUCUUUAUACAGAAAACUAUCACUUGUUUUCUUCUCUUUGUGGACCAUCUCCCUGAUUGCAUGCAUCAUUGGACUAAUUCUUCUUUCUCAACAGAAAAGUGAAAAUGAGGUGAAACUGGGAAUGAACACCAAGGUAAUAUCUGACCUACAGGGGGAGCUACGUGACAUGGAAGAUUUUUGCUCCUCUUUGCUAAUGUGUGCUGCCAAUGUAACCCGCCAUGCAAAUAAGAUGUCAGAAAUAUCAAUGAGGACAGGCAUCAUCAUGAAACCAGUGUGGAGCUGGAUUCGCCAAGCAGCAGUUGAUGUGAAUCUCGAUCCCAGUACAGCUCAUCCUAAACUCAUCAUCUCUGGGGACCGGAAAUCAGUGAGACUUGGGGAGAAUCGACAGGCAUUUCCUGAGAACCCAAAGAGGUUUGAUUUUGUCGUCAGUGUCCUUGGAAAGGAGGGCUUCUCUUCCGGCAGGCAUUACUGGGAGGUUGAAGUGAAACACAAGAUAGACUGGACUCUAGGCGUGGUGAAGGGGACAGUCUCAAGAAAGGGGUCUCUAUUAUUUCGACCUGACACUGGAUUCUGGACCAUAAUUCUGAAAGAUGGGAUGUACAAGGCUAACAGUGAGUCCCCUGUCCUUCUUUCCUUGAGGGAGAGGCCCCAGAAGGUGGGGGUGUAUGUGGAUUAUGGGAUGGGGCAGGUCUCCUUUUACAGUGUGGACAGCAGGACUCAUAUCUACUCCUUCUCUGGAUGUAAUUUCACCGAAGAGCUACAUCCUUUCCUGCGACCGGGCCUGAAUGAUGACGGCAAAAACACAUCGCCACUGAUCAUCACUCCCAUCAAUGUUCACCAAAAAUAAGUCACUUACGUGCACUUUAGAUUUUAAUCACACAGAAACGUAUAUUUCGAGGUGAGGAGACUUCGACAUUUUAGAAAAAGAAGCAGAAGGUUGUAUCUGAGUUUUUGAAAAGCAAACAGACACAUGGAUAUGACUUGUGUACAUGAUCCUCUGUUGUUCAGGUGCUUUCUGUGCCCAUGGUCAGCCUCUCCUCUCUGUGAUAUAUUUUGAUAUGUAUUGAUAUAUUUUGCAACAUAUUUUGAUUGCUGUUAAUUUGCUUUUUCAUGAAUUACCUUUCUAAGGGAAGAAACACCUUAUGAUUCAGGCUGUGAUCAGAAGGAGCUUGAGAAAGUGAUUUACAAUUUUUUUUUCUUGUUCUUUUUUGAUUUUUUAUGUAUAUACUUUAUAUAAAGUGAGGUGACUUUAGAUCAGUGUGAUAUGUCCUUAUUGUCUUGACUACAAAAGCAGUCCUCUGAAAAGCAUAAUUUUGAAAUAGCUACAUUAUGCCAAAAAUACAGGCAGACAAAUGCUAAUUUCAUCAGCAGUGGUUCUGAAGACCUAAAAUUCUUAAAAACACUUAGAUAAGUAUGGUCCAUAAGGUGACCAGGUCCUACUCGUGAAGGAGGACUGUAGUAAUGGAUGGAGAAAAUGGCAGAUUUUUCAUCCUCUUUGCAUAUUGUCCAAUAAUGAGUUAUUCUUUCAAGCAAAAACACAGUAUUACAAUUCAAAACGAAAAAAUAAAAAAGUGGGGCGGCAUGGUGGUGCAGUGGUUAGCACUGUCGCCUCACACCUCUGGGACCCAGGUUCGAGUCUCUGCCUGGGUCACAUGUGUGUGGAGUCUGCAUGUUCUCCCCAUGUCGUCGUGGAGUUUCCUCCGGGUACUCCAGUUUCUCCCCACAGUUCAAAAACAUGCUGAGGCUAAUUGGAGUUGCUAAAUUGCCCGUAGGUGUGCAUGUGUGAGUGAAUGGUGUGUGAGUGUGCCCUGCAAUGGGCUGGCCCCCCAUCCUGGGUUGUUCCCUGCCUCAUGCCCAUUGCUUCCGGGAUAGGCUCCGGACCCCCCACGACCCAGUAGGAUAAGCGGUUUGGAAAAUGGAUGGAUGGAUGAAAAUAAAAAAAGUCAAUUACCUAUGAGGAUGAAAUUCUUCCCACUGUCUCCAGUGUCAGAUUGACCACAUGUCAGGGUUGUAUGGAAGUAAAUUAAUGACAAAAGUAGUUGAUGAAAAAAACAUGUUGAAUUACACUUAUCAAAUAAAAAAGCAUUGCAUUAUUGAUGCUUUGAAUUUUUGGGGACUGUAAUUUAAUAUGUGUAUACAUUUAAACAUUGAACAUUUCAACUGAAAACAUUUCAAUUGUAAUUUCAUUGCUUAAAUAUUCAGUACAAAAAUAUUCGGCUUCCAAAAUUCAGUUCCAAAACACGUAUUUUAAAGUGCCGAUAGAGUUCGUCUAAUUGCUGUCCAAAAUGGAGCAAGCGGGAAAUACAAGUACUGACUUGGCAGCAGAUUUUCGUUGAUUGUGUUAUUUAUGUUUCUUGUCGUUUACUAGUCAAUCCGAUAACUUAUUGCGCCCCCAAGUAAUAGGUUUUUAUGUAAGUAAUUCGCUAGCUGCAUUAAUUAUCACCAAACUUAUCUUGCUAACGUAAGAUGCCUGUGGGCACCUACAAGGUGCUAGCUUGCAAGCUGGCCAGCUAGGUAGUUGGGAUGGGAUAGUACUCGACUUGGAGACUGACAGGUCCGCGAUGACACCAGAAGGGACCUUAAUAGCACUUUUUGAAAGUAUGAUAUGCCUAAUUAAGGAAAAGACGGUGAAGAUGAAACGGCAUCUGACUGGGCUGGAUGACACUGCCUGUGUCAUCUUCCAUGUAUGACCCGCUGCCUUAAUUCUGGUUGCCUGGCAAUUGGAGGUAGUGUCGGCACCGGCUUGUCAUCUUCCCCCUGCUCCCCGGUUGUGUCUCAAAUUUUAUGAUUUGGACAGUAUGACUCGGCACUUAGCCAUCUCUCCAGUUUGACUCUCCCUGCCGCCCCCUGGAGGUUGGGCUCCCCCUUCGAGUCUGGUCCUUCCCAAGGUUUCUUCCUUCUAGGGAGUUUUUCCUUGCCACUGUCGCCUAUGGCUUACUCACUGGGGGCUUUGGGUGGGGAUGCUGUAAAGCGCUUUGAGACGAUGUAAUGUUGUGAUAAUGUGCUAUAUACAAAAAUAAAUUUGUUGGUUUGUACUUGGA